GGUCUACAAGCUCACGUAUGAGGGCAUCGCUCUAUUCUGCAGCCCUGGAAAGGGUGACCGAGCUGGAGCGCCAAUUGAAGCAAGCCGAGGAAGACAAGGCCACCAAGGCCAAGAAUCACAAGGGUGAGCUGGAGGCCGCCGCGGCCCGGCUGGAGGCUGCCGAGGCAGCGAGGGUGAAGGAGGUUGAGAACCUCAACAUCGCUCACCAGAAGGUCAUCGACAACAUGAAGGGUGACAAAGCAAAAGCUUUGGCAGUGACCGCCGCGGUCUUGGAGAGAGACCUGGAACACCUGAAGGGUGAGAACAAAGGGCUCGUGAAGCAG